UCUCUGAUGCACGUCUCCCCUCAGGAUGAGAUCGAGGAGCUGCGCGCGGAGAUGCUGGAGAUGAGGGACGUCUACAUGGAGGAGGACGUCUACCAGCUGCAGGAGCUCCGGCAGCAGCUGGACCAGGGGCUGUGGGUACAUGCAAUGUCCUGUCCAGGCACUCUAGGCAGCUGUGGUCCCAGCCCUGGGCACGCUGUGCCCAGCCUGAAAACAGCUGUGUUGUGUCCCCAGGUGGCCAAGGACGUCUCCGUGCGGCUCCACAACGAGCUGGAGGCAGUGGAGAAGAAGAGGAUCAGGCUGGAGGAGGAGAACGAAGACCUGCGCCAGAGGCUCAUCGAGACGGAGCUGGCCAAGCAGGUGGUGCAGAACGAGAUGGACAAGCUCCGAGAGAAUUCCUUGAAGAAAAGGGGAUCUCGUUCUCUUGGGAAGACUGAGAAGAAGCCGUCGGUGCAGGAGGACAGCGCGGACCUGAAGUGUCAGCUGCAUUUCGCAAAGGAGGAGUCUGCCCUGAUGUGCAAGAAGCUGACUAAACUGGCCAAAGAGAACGACAGCAUGAAGGAGGAGCUGGUCAAAUACAGGUCGUUGUAUGGGGACCUCGACAGCUCCCUGUCCAUAGAGGAGCUGGCUGACUCUCCUCACUCCCGGGAGGCUGAACUCAAAGUCCAUCUGAAGCUCGUGGAGGAGGAAGCCAAUAUCCUGAGCCGGAGGAUAGUGGAGCUGGAGGUUGAAAACCGUGGGUUGCGGGCAGAGAUGGAUGACAUGAAGGGCCAGGGGGACAAAGAGCUGAUUGGGCAGGACAUCCGUUUCCUGUCGUCCUCUUCGAACUGUGGGGACUCUGGGGAGAGCCUCGUGGAGCUGAGACGGCACCUGCAGUUUGUAGAGGAGGAGGCCGACCUGCUGAGGCGGUCGCUGAUGGAGCUGGAGGACCAGAACAAGCUCCUCAUGAACGAGCUGAACAAGUACAAGUCGGACCACGACCUGGACGUCACGCUGUCAGAGGACAGCUGCUCGGUGAUCAGCGAGCCGUCCCAGGAGGAGCUGGCCACAGCCAAGGUGCAGAUCAGUGAGCUGAGUGGCAAGGUAAAGAAGCUUCAGUAUGAGAACCGCGUGCUGCUCUCCAACCUCCAGCGCUGCGACCUGGCCUCCUGCCAGACCACCAGGCCCAUGCUAGAGACCGACGCCGAGGCCGGAGACUCCGCACAGUGCGUCCCCACUGAGCUCUGGAGGGACGGGCCUGUCGGCGGGGAGAACGAUGCCCAGGAAAGGGCACCCGGCAGUGGGAAGGCUCUGGACAGCAGCCCCACCAAGCUGCUCAAGUCCAAGGACUUUGAGACCCUUCUGGGCAUCCGGGACCAGGCGGCGCUCGUCAGCAAAGCAAUCGAUGUCUUGAUUUCGGACACCAAUGGCUUCACUUCCAGCCUCAAGUUGUGCCUGGACAACGAGUGUGUGGGUGGGAUGCUGAGUGAGACGAUGGAUAACAGCAGUGAGAGCCCCAGUGACUCCAAGCUGAUGAGCGUUCUCAUUAUGAGGCUCAGUGUCCUGCAGCAAGACCUGGGCUGCUUCAUGAGGAAGGUGGAUCACCUUGCCGACUGCCUCAAAGAGCAGACAGCCUCUUUCCCCUUCUGCGGCCCCGGCAGCCAGGACUCCACCAAAGAGGUGCUGCAGAAAGAGCACAGCUCCGACUUCCAGCAGCCUGAUUUUAGGGAUGCCGACCCUUACCGCAUCACCCACACCAAGGACACGGACCCCAGUGCCACACAUCCCCGGAGCUACAAAACCUGCCGGCCUGAUGAGAAUGACUCCUAUGCCGCCGAGAUGAAGGAGCUGCAGCUGGUGCUGGCGGAAGCCAACGAGAGCCUGCAGGGCAUGCAGGAGCAGCUCUCUCAGGAGAGGCAGCUGAGGAAGGACGAGGUGGAUAACUUCUCCCAGAAGAUUUGCCAGCUGAAGGAAGACCACCAGAAAGCUCUCCUGAGGCGGGAGUUUGAGCUGCAGAGCCUGAACCUACAGAGGCGGCUGGAGCAGAAGUUCUGGAGCCAGGAGAAGAACCUCCUGGUGCAGGAGUCCCAGCAAUUCAAGCAGAACUUCCUCCUGCUGUUCAUGAAGCUCAAGUGGUUCCUCAAGCGCUGGCGCCAGGGCAAGAUCGUGCACAGCGAGGGCGAUGACUUCCUGGAGGUGAACAGCAUGAAGGAGCUGUACCUGCUAAUCGAGGAGGAAGAGCUUGCCCCGCAGCAGCAAGCAGAUAACAAGACGUGUGCCGGAGAUGCCUGGACCCCCAACACGCUGGAGUCAAAGGCAGGCAAAGGGAUCUCAGAGCGAGCACUGCCAGACUGGAAGGUGGCGUUGAAGAGGGAGCGAGAGGAGCACCAGCAUCUCCUGGCUGAGUCCUACAGCGCUGUCAUGGACCUCACCAAGCAGCUCCAGAUCAGCGAGAAGAACUGGAACCAGGAGAAGGUGGAGCUGCUGGCCCGGUUCAAGGAAGAGCAGCAGCAGGCAGAACAGCAAGUAAAGGACCUGCAGAACAAAAUCAACCAGUUGCAGAAAGGAGCCAGCCCAUGGGCUUUGAAGCACUCUGAAGUGGAAAAGCAUGGCAGCAACUGGAAAGAGGCUCUGAAUGAAAAAAUCACAGACAAAGAGACAAUCUCUGAAGCAGAAGCCAAGGGCACCAACUUAAAAAGGACAAAGUCCGUUUCCUCUAUGUCAGAGUUUGAAAGCUUGCUCGACUGUUCUCCCUAUCUCCCUGGAAAGACUGCACCAGGGCUAGUCGACCAUUCCCGAGGCAAAAAAGCAUCUCCGGCCACACAGCUGCUGCCCAACAGCAUCCGGGACAGUGCCAGCGUUCCUCCCCCAAACUGUACAUAUGUGAAUAUUGAGCAACCUGUCCCUGACAGCCUGGCCAAAGAGAAGCUGGGUAUCUCCUCCUGGGACUACUCCCGGGCAAGCAACCUCUCUGGGCAUGACCCAUCCCAGAAGCAAAUGCAGAGGAGCUACACGGCACCCGACAAGACGGGGAUCCGUAUCUACUACAGUCCCCCUGUGGUCCGAAGGCUGGAGGCGCCUCUGGUCCACAACAAGGAGGGGAAGAUUAUGAUUGAACCUGGUUUCUUGUUUACGAUGGCCAAGCCAAAAGAGCCAGAGGAGUCAGACAGCACCGAAAACACGUAUAGCCAGUGGCUAUGCAACUUCUCCAAGCAGCACCGAGAGCUGCUGGAUGGCGGCACAGUGGAGAGCACGGUGCCUCCAGUCCCCCGGUUCCCAUCCUCCCUGCACGACCUGGAGAUCUCUGGCAACAUGAGCGAUGACAUGAAGGAGAUCACCAACUGCGUGCGGCAGGCCAUCCGCUCCAGCUCGCUGGAGAGGAAGGUGAAAAGCACUUCCAGCCAGACAGUGGGGCUGGCAAACGUGGGGACCCAGACCAUCCAGACGGUGAGUGUCGGCCUGCAGACGGACCUGCCCCGGAGCAGCAUGCACAGCAAGAGCUGGUCCCCGCGCAGCUCUUCCCUCAUGUCUAUGCGCAGCAAGCAGAUCUCGUCCUCUCUGGACAAGGUCCACUCCAGGAUCGAGCGGCCGUGCUGCUCCCCAAAGUAUGGCUCCCCAAAACUCCAGAGAAGGUCUUCCUCCAAGCUGGAUGCCACCAAGGACAGGAGCCUCUGGAACCUCCACCAGAGCAAGCAAAAUGGGUCUGCCUGGGCCCGGUCCACAACGACCAGGGAUAGUCCCGUCCUCAGUAACAUCAAUGACGGCUUGUCCAGCUUGUUCAGUGUGGUGGAGCACUCCGGUAGCACGGAGUCCAUCUGGAAACCGGGCUGCCCGGAAAGCAGGGCCAAGCCCGAAGCCCCCAAGUACGGCAUUGUGCAGGAGUUCUUCAGGAACGUCUGUGGGAGGGCGCAGAGCCCCACAGCCACCACGGAGAAGAAGGAGGCCGUUGGUGAGGAGAGCAGCAAGAAAGUGGAGCACCCCACCCCUGCCACCUACCACCAGGUCGAAAGCGUCUCCCGCAUCUUGAACAAGAAAGUCCUCAAGCAGAGCAGCUGUGAGGACCCAAAGCCAUCGUCCCCAGGCCCAGGGAGUAAGGACACGGCCCCCCGGGACCCAGACCUCAUCUCGGCUAUAGCCAGCGAGGUAAUGGCUCUUGCUUUGUCCUGACUGUAGCGUUAUGUCCUAGGGCAGGGCAGGCGUCUGGGUGCUGCCUGAUACCCGGAGCAUGUUACCUCCUGCCCUGGGCGAGAUGUGGGCUGCUUUGGUGGAUGGCUCGGUGCCUUGCCGUGGCAGCCUGG